AUGUCCUCCUCAUCCACUUCCUUUUCACCGGACCAACACCUCUCUCCCUCCGACCAGCUCUGCUAUGUCCAUUGCAACUUCUGUGACACUGUCCUCGCGGUGAGUGUUCCUUGCUCCAGUUUGUUUAAGACUGUCACUGUGAGAUGUGGUCAUUGCACCAACCUUCUCUCCGUCAACAUGCGUGGUCUGCUUCUUCCGUCGGCUAAUCAACUUCACCUUGGCCAUACCUUCUUCACUCCUCAAAAUCUUCUGGAGGAGAUUCGUAAUGCACCUUCCGCAAACAUGGUGAUGAAUCAGAUGCCAAACCCUAAUGAUUUGGUCACUAGCACCAUGCGAGGAGGACCCGAAGAAACUCCCAAGCCUCCAUCGGCUAAUAGACCUCCAGAGAAGAGACAGAGAGUUCCAUCUGCCUACAACCGCUUCAUCAAGGAUGAGAUCCAACGUAUCAAAGCUGGGAACCCUGAUAUAAGUCACAGAGAGGCCUUUAGUGCAGCUGCAAAGAAUUGGGCCCACUUUCCACACAUUCAUUUCGGACUUAUGCCUGAUCAUCAACCCGUGAAGAAAGCUAAUGUUCGUCAGGAAGCAGAGGAUGUGCUUAUCAAAGAUGGGUUUUUCGCACCAGCUAAUGUAGGUGUCUCUCCCUUCUAGAGGUUUUCAAUGUAGGGUUUCAGCUUUAUUUAUGUCUCUACUUAAGUAACUGUACUAGAACUUACCUUAUGCAUAUUAUGUUUUGCACUUAUGUUUGUACUUCUCUAAGUGUUAAAAAGUUAUUACUUUAUGUUAUAAUCAAUGGUUGAAGGGAAUUAAUUCUGAUGAAGCUAGCUUAGUUCCUAGCAUACUCAA